AGCGCGCGGUGGUGGACGCCAGGCGCCGGUCAGAGUCCGGGGCAGAGGGGCGGACGCUGGCGCAACAGGGACGCAGUCCCGGGUCCCCUGGAAUGGGCGCCUCCGGGACCCGGGCCCAGCCGGCCUGAAGGCCCCUGACUCCGCCCCCAGGCCCCGCCCGGCGCCCGCCCCUGCAUCGGCCCAGCGCGCGGCCUGCCUGGGAGUCGCUGCUUCUCCUGCUGCUGCCGCCGCUGUCCCAAACGCUCGAGGCCGCUGGCAUCUGCGUCCGCCGGGCGGACAGGCUUCUUUGACUUUGGAGCUCCUAGACAGGACAUCUGUUCCCUCCAGAAUGAAGGUCUUCUUGGCGGUGCUGCUGGCUGCCCUUCUGUAUGUGGAGCGAGCCCACUCGCUGAUGUGCUUCUCCUGCACGAAUCAGAAAAGCAACUGGUACUGCCUGAAGCCGACCAUCUGCUCUGACUCGGACAACUACUGUGUGACCGUGUCUGCCGCUGCUGGCAUUGGGAAUGCCGUGAACUUUGGCUAUAGCCUGAACAAGGGCUGCUCCCCGAUCUGUCCUGGCCCAAGUGUCGAUAUUGGUGUGGCGUCCGUGGGCACCCAUUGCUGCCAGAGCUUCCUGUGCAAUUUCAGCGCAGCUGACGGUGGGCUGCGGGCCAGCACCGCCCUGCUGGCUCUGGGGUUGCUGCUCAGCCUGCUGCCAGCCCUGCUGAGGCCUGGCCCCUGACCACUCGGACCUGUGCCCCCACCCCUAGCUCAGGAAGGAAAGCCCAGCCCCUCCCAGACUCCUCACCGUGCCUGACAACCCUGCUUGGCCCCAGGGUCAGGCCCACCCCCUACACUUGCCACAGCCCCUGCCCAGGUAAGGUCAGCUACCCUCACUUUCAGGGUCAGUGAUGUGACCUUCCUCAGGGGACUGGGGAAGGGACGAGGAUGUCCCUGGAGUCUUAGGGUGCUGGGGUCAGGACUGAGUCCUGUGGACAUACAGGACCCUUCCUAAGCCCUAGGGCACCAGAUGGGGUGCCUGUGAGUGUGGGGGCCUGUGGUCAUGGGCGGGUCCUGGGCUCUGCAGGUGUGAGUGAGGCUGUGUUUGGGGGAGGGAGGGAGGGAGCAGCCUGCAGAGCCUCAAGCCCACAGAGCCCCUUCCCUGGCCAUACUGCACUCCUUUGAGGGCAGCCCCUUGCUUCCCAGUCUAGGCUCCCACCCCUAAAUUGAACUAGCCCUGCCUGCCCCCUCCCACUCCCACUGGAGCCCUCCUGCUGCUUUGGUGCCUCAAAUAAACACAUGUCCCCACCCCUUC